AUGAGUCACGAUAUCCUGAAUAUCGGGGGUAAGCCGAUCUUCGACGAUCGUAUCGUUAAAAUCGAGACUCACACCUACAAUCCAUACGCUAAUACUACAUUCGGAUACAGCGACGAAAUACGAAUACCUAUACAGCAUCAGGAUCUGUACACGUUACCGUGCGAAAGUUUUCUCUACGUCGAGGGCAAAUUCUUGGUGAAGAGGAAGAAGGAGGAUGAUUCCAACUCCCAAUCAAGGUUAUCGAAUAACUGCGUAGCGUUCAUGUUCGAUGAGAUUCGAUACGAGUUGGACGGUGUUGAAAUCGACAGAAAUAGAAACGUCGGUAUUACUAGCACAAUCAAAAAUUACGUAUCACUGACUGCUGAUAAAAAUAAAACGUUGGAAAACGCAGGAUGGAUCAGUUCGUUUAAUUGGAGCAAUAUAUUGAACAUCCCGAUACCUGAAGAUUUCAACUUCUGCGUACCGCUUAAUACGCUCCUCGGAUUUUGCGAGGAUUACAAACGUAUAGUGAUAAACACGCGACCUGAACUUAUUCUGAUACGUGCGCAUAACGAUAGCAAUUGCGCUGUGGCGCACGAUUCGGACGAACCUAAGAUCACACUAUUGAAGAUACAAUGGAAAAUACCGCACGUAAUGUUGAACGACGUUAAUAAAUUAUCGCUUUUGCGGACGUUGGAAGGCGGACGAUAUCUCAGCGUGGGUUUUCGAUCAUGGGACUUAUACGAAUUCCCUCUGCUUCAAAGCACGACCAAACAUUCAUGGGUGGGCU